UACAUUUCCCGGCGACCUGUGGGGCGAAGAGCGGCCAUCCGUCCGGGGCCUAGAACGCGACGGGGGCGGAGCCAGAAUCGAGGCCUGGGCCCCCCCCUGCUUCCCCAUUCUGGGGCGGGGCCGGAGAGAAGGCACCUCCUACCGCCUCCGCCUCCCCGGCGGCCGCCGCCGCGAUGCCGCUCUUCGUCGAGGGGCGGCGAGUCCGGCUGCCGCAGUCCGUCAGGGAAAUCGUACGGGCCCAUCCGCCCCUGGAGGAAAGAGCCAAGCUUCUCAGAGGUCAGUCUGUUCAACUCGUGGGACCCCAGGGCCUUCUCUAUGUCCAGCAAAGAGAGCUUGCAGUGACUUCCCCACAGGAUGGCUCUAUUUCCAUUCUGGGUUCUGAUGAUGCAACUACUUGUCACAUUGUAGUCCUGAGACACACAGGUAAUGGUGCUACCUGCCUGACACAUUGUGAUGGGUCAGACACCAAAACUGAAGUCCCUCUGAUCAUGAAUUCUUUAAAAUCUUUAUCCAACCAUACCCAGAAUGGAAGGUUAGAAGUACAUCUAGUUGGCGGUUUCAAUGACGAUAGGCAGUUGUCACAAAAACUUACAAAUCAGCUUCUUAGUGAAUUUGACAGACAGGAAGAUGACAUUCACUUAGUGACUCUCUGUGUGACCGAAUUAAAUGAUCGAGAGGAAAAUGAAAAUCACUUUCCAGUAAUCUGUGGGAUUGCUAUCAAUAUUAAAACUGCGGAGAUUUUCAGAGCCUCAUUUCCAGAGAGAGGCCCCGAGGAAGAACUGCGCUCUGCUCGCUCUCUGACUGGAGGACCAAUGAUUAAUAUUUAUGAUGCAAAGACAGAACAACUUCAUAUUGGACCUUAUUUCUGGAUGCCCUUCCCUCAUGUGGAUUUUUGGCUUCAGCAAGAUGAUAAACAGCUAUUAGAGAAUCUUUCCACUUCGCCUCUUGCCGAGCCACCCCACUUUGUUCCGAACAUCAGAUCUACCUUGAUGUUUUUAAAAAAAUAUCCAUUUCCAGGUAACUCGCUGUUUCCUGGAAAUAGGGCUCUACUCUACAAAAAAAAUGAAGGAGGAUUAUGGGAAAAGAUUUCUUCACCAGGAAGCUAAAUGUAGGCAUUAACAACUAAACUAAAGGCCUAAUAACUGUAACCCUGGCAAAGGCAACUGGCUCUGAGUGGAGAGAAUGUGCAUUUUGAAAUCUGCCGAUGUGAAGUCUGAUGUCUCAUUCCUCAAUGUCCUUUAAGCGAUUUCCAAAUAAACCUUAUUUUGGCAGA